CGCCGCCGUUAAUAUUUGUCGGCGCUUGCAUAACCUAUAAUUUUUAAGAAAAAAACACAAAAACUAUUAAAAUUAUGAUUUCGAUUGUUAGAAAUUUGUUAGGCUCACGCACUGCUGCCAAUGUAACAGCCUUGCGUUGCUUGGCUACUGAAGCUAGCAAUGCUGUUACUUCACCAGCUGAUUCCUCAGCUAUAACACCUCCUCCCACAACUGCUGAAUUAAAUGAACAGGAUAAACUUUUUAGUAAAUUGGAAAUAGAAUUACGUGGUAUUGAUCCGGCUGUUUUAAAAAGUUAUUCUUGGUUCGCCACCACAGCUGCUGACCAUUUGGGUAUUGAAGUUGGUAACUGUUGGUCGCCCCGUAAAGCACACAAGGAACGCAUGACACUUUUGAAAUCUGUCCACAUUUACAAAAAACAUCGUGUACAAUAUGAAAUUCGUACAUAUUUCCGUUAUAUGAAUUUCCAUAAAAUGACUGGUUCUACUUUGGAUACAUUUUUGGAAUAUAUUGAAAGAAAUUUACCCGAAGGUGUAGCAUUAAAUGCAACUAAAACAGAAAUACAAGAAUUACCAGAACAUUUAAGAGAACCACCAAGUGAGAAUUAAAUAAACGUUAAUUGUUAAAAUUUAAAAAAA